AUGUAUUCAACCGGAUCUUCAUCUUCGAUUUCAGUUGCCGUAGGUAAUUUCAACAAGGACCACCGAUUAGAUAUUGUCGUUGUAAACAAUGAUACUGGUGUCAUUGAUAUUCUUGUUGGACGUUACGAAGGCUUUCAAAAUCAAAUAAGAUAUUCAGCUGGCUCUUGGCCACAAUCUGUAUCUAUUGGUGAUGUUAACAACGACACUCGACUAGAUAUCGUUGUUGCCAAUGGGGCUAGCAAUGAUGUGAGUGUCCUUCUUGGAUAUGGGAAUGGUUCUUUUGAAACUCAAACAAGGUAUUCAGUUGGCUCUUCUCCAUCAUCUGUAGCUAUUGGUGAUGUCAACAAUGACAAUCGACUAGAUAUCGUUGUCGCCAAUUGGUUUAGCAAUGAUGUGAGUGUCCUUCUUGGAUAUGGAAAUGGUUAUUUUGAAAAUCAAACAAGAUAUUCAGUUGGCUCUUAUCCAUCAUCUGUAUCUAUUGGUGAUGUCAACAAUGACACUCGACUAGAUAUCGUUGUCGCUAAUGAGGGUAGCGAUGAUGUGAGUGUCCUUCUUGGAUAUGAGAAUGGUUCUUUUGAAAAUCAAACAAGGUAUUCCGUUGGCUCUUAUCCAUAUUCUGUAGCUAUUGGUGAUGUCAACAAUGACACUCGACUAGAUAUCGUUGUCGCCAAUCGGCAUAGCAAUGAUGUGAGUGUCCUGCUGCAAUAUAACAGAGGAGCGAUUACAUAUGAAAUGAGCUUGGCAUCUGGUGGUGGUUCUAGCCUACGAUGUGUAGUCAUUGGUGAUUUGAACAAUGACACUAAUCUGGAUAUCGUCAUAGCUAAUUACGGCACUAAUAAUAUAGGUGUUCUUUUUGGAUAUGGGAAUGGUAGUUUCGAAAAUCAAAUGAUGCUCAGCACUAGCAUGAAUUCUCAUCCGAUUUCUAUCGCAGUUGGAGACUUCAAUGGUGACCGUGAAGUAGAUAUUGCUGUGGCCAAUCAUGGUACAAAGCAUGUAGAUAUGAUGCUUGGAAAUGGACAGGGAAAAUUUGCAAUUCAAAUAAGGUAUGAAAUUGGCUUUGAUACACCUCCGUUAGUUAUGGCUUCUGGUGAUUUUAAUAAUGACGCACGAUCGGAGAUCGCUGUCGCUUACGAUGGACGUGAUCAUGUGGAUAUUUUUGUUGCGUAUAAUCAUGGUUCUUUUGAAAAUCAAACAAGAUAUUCAGUUGGCUCUUCUCCAUAUUCUGUAGCUAUUGGAGAUGUCAACAAUGACACUCGACUAGAUAUCGUUGUCGCCAAUUCGGGUAGCAAUGAUGUGAGUGUUCUUCUUGGAUAUGGAAACGGUUCUUUUGAAAAUCAAACAAGGUAUUCAGCUGGCUCUAAUCCACAAUCUGUAUCUAUUGGUGAUAUUAACAACGACACUCGACUAGAUAUCGUUGUUGCCAAUGGGAAUAGUUAUGAUUAA